AUGGAAUGCAAUGCAUUGACAUACCAAGAUCACUUGCAACCAUUGCAUGAGUCGACCAUCACUAUGACAGCAACACCACCAAAGAAAAGAAAAAUUGAUCCAGACGUUAUCACGACAUGUAUGGAAGUAUUUUUAUAUAGUACUCUUAUCUGUGGUCCAUAUGCGAAAAGGCUGCUCAACCAACAAUAUGAAGAGCUUGAUGAUGGGAUGGCAAGGUUCCUCAAUGAAGAUUGGUCGAUGUUCCCCCAAAUGCGUUAUGCAUGCAGUCGUUUGUUGGCAGGGAUAAUCCUAUUGAACACAUCAACUGGCAAGUCCGUUAUUGUCAACUCUGUUGAGGUUUUUGGUCGACGAAGGUCGCUUGACGCAUAG